AGGAGAUUUGACUUUUGACCGAUAGUAUUAUCCCUGUAUUUCUCCAAAAAAAAAAAAUCUAGGGUUUCAAAUUUCAUUCGUAUCUGGAAUUUCUCCAUUGCUUCAAUUUCUCCCGCCUUCUCUUUCUCUCUCUACUCUCAUUCAUCCGUGCCACCGCGACCAUUCGCGGAGGCCGGCGCUCUCUCUACUAUCUCUCAAUCUGGGAUUUCCACUACUGCUAUUGGGUUUAUGCUUUCAACCAUAACUGUGAUACUAAUUAGUUGAGAAAUUUGCUAUCUGUUGAGACACUGGGAGGAAUCAAUAUAGCUCUGGAAUUUUGGUUUGCAUUUUUUAUACUCUUGACGAAGUUAUGGAGUGCAACAAAGAAGAGGCCUUGAGGGCGAAGGAAAUCUCACUUAAGAAAAUGGAGGCAAAAGAUUUUGUUGGUGCUCGUAAAUUUGCUUUGAAGGCUCAACAGCUUUAUCCAGAGAUGGAGAAUAUGUCCCAGAUGCUUUGCGUUUGUGAUGUACACUGCUCAGCAGAGACGAAAAUAGUUGGGAAUGAAUCGGACUGGUAUGGAAUUCUCCAAAUCGAACAGACUGCGGAUGAAGCAAUGAUUAGGAAACAAUAUCGCAAGUUUGCUCUUCUUCUUCAUCCUGAUAAGAACAAAUUUUUUGGUGCUGAAGCUGCAUUCAAGUUGAUAGGAGAAGCUCAGAGAGUGCUUCUGGAUAAGGAAAAAAGGCAGUUCUAUGACCUGAAAUGCAGAGCAUCUUGUAAAUUAGUGAGAAAAAAUCAGCCCCAUCAGCAGCCAAGUAGGAAUUUUAAUGUUGCUAAGCCGUCUGUGGUUCCGAAAAAAUUUACUAGCAAUUCCAACUCUCAUGUCGAUGUUAAGGCCUUUAAUGCGACAUGUCCAGGGCAGACUCAACCAGGAGGUGGUAAUGGGAAAGAGACGUUUUGGACCCAAUGUCCUUUCUGUGCAGUUCGGUAUCAGUAUUACAAGGAAAUUCAGAAUAGACUUCUUCGUUGUCAGAGUUGCAAGAAGCCCUUUACUGCCUAUGACAUGCUUGCUCAUGGUACACGACCAGGAGCUGAGGCAACCCAGCAUGUGUUUCCUGGGCAAAAUAUACCUAACGUGAAUGGAAGCAAGGCUGGAUCAGUAGCUAAGAACAGUUAUGCUUCUAAUGCUGGUUUUCAGUCUGGUAAAAAAGCUAAAGUUAGCCAGUCACAGAAAUCCAGACAGGCUCCCAAAGGUUCAAACAAAGGGGAUAGAAAAGCAGAACAGGGAUCUAAGCCUGUUAGGAAAAUAAAUAGUCAGAGAAGGAAGAAACAUAGUGCAGAGUCCAGGGAAAGUUUUGGAUCUGAGAGUAGCCUCGAUUCUGAAGAGGUAGAAAUACCAACAGACUCCAGACAACAAUAUGACAGUGGUGAGGAUUGCCGUUCUAGAAAAUCAAACAGGAACAAACGAAAUGUUUCAUACAAGUAUGAUGCCAGUGAUGAGGAGGAAAUCAUUAACCCUUCGAAAAAGGCAAAAGAGACUGGUUCAUCCUGCCCCGCAAAAAAAGUCGAUGUAAAUGCUUCAGAAAAGAGACAGGAACCUGACCCUUCAAAGCAAGAAAGUAAGAAGGUUGAAUGCAAUAAAUCUGACAUGGGUGAGUCGACCAAGAAAAACUAUGAAGCUGAUGAUGACUACUUCUUAGCAUCAAGUCCUGAAGAAAUUCCCGAGCCAGAAUAUCAUGAAUAUCCAGAUCCAGAAUUUUGUGACUUUGACAAGUUCAGGGGAGAGAAAUGCUUUAAAGUUGGGCAGGUGUGGGCUGCUUAUGAUACUUUUGAUGCAAUGCCUAGAUUUUAUGCCAAGAUCAGGAAAAUUUUUCCUGGAAGAUUUAAGCUGCGUAUAACCUGGCUUGAGGCAGAUCCUGACGAUACACUCGGGAUAGAGUGGGCCAAUGUGGAAUUGCCGUAUUCAAAUGGUAAGUUUACAUAUGGUAAUUCAGAAAAUACUGCAGAUCGUCUUAUGUUCUCCCAUGAGGUUACUUGGAAUAACGGGGAAGGUAAAGAUUCUGUCUUGAUAUAUCCUAUGAAAGGGGAGAUAUGGGCCCUGUUCAAGAUUUGGGAUGCCAAUUGGUAUUUAACUUUAGAGAAGGACACAAAGUUAGAAUUUGAAUUCGUUGAAAUACUGUCUGAAUAUGAUGCAACUGUUGGGAUACGUGUUGCGCAGCUGGGAAAAUUGAAGGGCUUUGCUAGUCUGUUUUGCCGAAAAAAUGAAACCGAAAUACAAAUACCACCCACUGAGUUACUCAAGUUUUCCCAUAAGGUACCUUCUUGUAGGAUGCGUGGUGAUGAGAGGGAAGGUGUUCCUAAAGAUUCUUUUGAGCUUGACCCAGCAUCUUUAAGUAUGAACGUCCUUGAAGAGUUCAGUCUUCCUCGAUCAAAUAAAAAUGCUUGUUCUGCUAACGCUAAAUUUGAAGGCUUGAUUCCUGGUGUGGUGCGUGAAAGGGUAAAUCUUUCCGCCUUCACUAACACUGGAACACAUCUAUGAAAUGUGCCAACGAGUUGAAGAAUUGUGAUUAUGACAUUUUAGAGUUCUGGAGUACGAUUCACACAAUUUGGUUGAAUUGUGAUUAUGACAGAUGAGAAAGGUGGCAGUUCUCUGCUUCUGGAAACUUGUUCCGGCUGCAUUUCCCCCAUCUUUUGUACAAAUUGUAGGGCAAUGCUUAUGUCCGAUGCAAUUCGAAGCAUUUGGUGAGAGUGCUUCGCCACUCGCGUAGCGCUAUGAUUCUUCACCUGGUAAGGAUUUCUGAUGUCUAUUGCCAGCCCAUGUGCUCCAAAUCUUGAUAUCAUGCCAAAUCUAUUGCCUUUCUGAUUGAGCAGGUAAUUAUGGAAACUAAGUAGUUAAAAACUGGACUAUCUCCUAAUGUUAGUGACAAGUUAAUGUUAAUUGUAAACUCUUGUUUUGACAGAACAGUAGAAAUUUACUUAUUCUGGGUGUUGAAAUUAUGCUUUAGAAGGUUCAGUACA